GUGAAUUCAGUCAUUGGACGGGAAACUUCUUCAACUCUACGAAACUUCAAGCGGCAUUUCUCCCUAGCCAGGCCCACUGCAGUCAAGUCAAGUCUCCACGAAGUUCCACGGUGCUCGCAAGGAUGUCUUCGCCUCAAGCUGUCGCUCUCCUUCUCCUUCUCCUUUGCGGACUUCACUCAGCUAACGCGUGGUGGAAAUGCCACGAGUGUAUCAACUCGUUCACGGUCAACUUGCAAGUGACCCCUGCUCGCUUUGCCGGCAGUGAUAACGAGGGACCAAUGUCACAUCAUCUAGAUCUGCUAUUUGCCUGCAACCCCAUCCCACUGUUCAGUGAUCUGAGUGAACUACUGGAGAAGAACGAUCAUCUAGUGGAGAGUCUUAUUCCAAACAUCACUCUGCCGGAGUUCAAGAGCAAACACCCUGCCAGUGUUGCAUUUGAUACCGUGCGGCAGGACAUCCCUCUCGAUGGCAUCAUUCUCCGACUCCACAGCCGUACGUACACAGAGGAAUUGAGCGUUAACGUCACGAAUAUCUGCGGCACAUGUGUAACACCAAAGAUGAUCAAGGAGAUCGCCAUCAAGGCUGGAAACACGGACGGUAUUCAAGUUCGCAGUGUCAGCGUCUUCGCCAACUUCAAGGACAAGACGUCCGGAUUUGUGGCCCUGGACACUAGGUUUCCGCUAGCACGUGGAUUUGGCUGGGUGGACACCAACCAUUUCCCAUCAGGUCUAAGCCAGACUGUUCUGCCUCUGACCAAGACUGGCUGUUAACACACCACGUGACCAGUGUGUGGCUGUUAACACACCACGUGACCAGUGUGCACCCAGUCAUUAUUAUCCACGUUUUGCAACGGUCUUCAGCUUGACAAAUCUUACUUUUUCCAGUACAUGCUUUCUGCAAUGUAGAUCCAAAUUCACUUCCGCAAUUAUGACCUGCACUUUUAUUACUAGCUAGUAUUAUUCCUUGUGUUCACAAAUCGCGAUAUUGCUAAUCUUCAAUUCAAGAGCGUAGAAAAAGAAAAAGAAAGAGAAAAAGAGAGAAAAAGCCUAUUGUGGGUUUGCCUUGACAA